CGAAGCUUUUUUACUUACACUUGUUCAAGGAGAUGCUCGCCGUGAUGAACGAAACGCUGUUUCCGCCCACCAAAAAGGCGAAAGCGAGCGUUGUUGGAGCAGGUACAACGCCAACUCCUGCAGCAACUGCCACGAAAACAAAUGCCGGCGGUACUUCUAGUAGCACCAGCUCUGCUCCUUUGAAGAAUUACAUCGGCAUUCUGGACAUUGCGGGGUUCGAGUCCUUCGCAUCCAACUCGUUGGAGCAGCUCUUCAUCAACUUAUCCAACGAGACGCUGCAGCAGUACUUCAACGACUAUGUGUUCAAGUCGGAGCUGCAGGAUUACGCGGCGGAGGGGGUGAAGGUGGAUUUGCGUUUAGAGUUCUUCGACAACCUGGACAUUUUGGAGUUGAUCCAGGGGAAGCAGGGCAUCCUGGACUGUCUGGACGAGGAGCUGAACGUGAACAAGGCGACUUUUGAAACCUACGCCAAAAAGGUAAACAAAAACUUCGAGAAGCACGCCCGGUUCGUGAAGAACCGUUUCUCGCGGCCCCAGUUCGCCAUCAAGCACUUUGCCGGCGAGGUCGAGUACUCGUGCGUCGGCUGGCUGGAGAAAAACUUGGACGAACCGCCCCGGGAAACCGUGGACCUGAUGCAAAAAGCCGAGAGCCUCGUGUUGUCCCAGAUGGGGGCGCGUUGUGCGACCAAGUACGGCCUCGCGCCUAACAAAUCUUCCGACUCGUCUUCGACCACGUCGCAGCAGGUGGCGCCGGCGGUGGUGGGCUACAAGUCGCGCAUGGCGCUGCAGUCGAAGAAGUUGACGG